AUGGCGUCGUGGGACCAUAGACAGCAUAUGCCAGACCUGCGUGGGCGUGUCGCCUUCGUCACAGGCGGCAACGCAGGGAUUGGGUACCAAUGCGUAGUCUUCCUCGCCAAGGCGGGCGCAAAAGUCUACUUUGGGGCUCGCUCGUCCCAGAAGGCCGAGGCGGCCACUGAGAAGAUUUACCGAGAGAACCCGAGCGUAAAAGAGGGGCAGGUCAACUGGGUGCAGAUGGACAUGGCCUCUAUGAAGAGUGUCCUUCAAGCCAGUGAUGAAGUUCGCAAGAAGGAAUCGAAGCUUCAUCUUCUGAUCAACAAUGCCGCCCACGAGGGCACAGAGCCGACCAAGUUAGCCGAUUCGGGUGUACAAAUCACCAUGCAGACAAAUCACGUGGGCGUUUUUGCUCUAACACAGCAAUUCCAGCCAUUACUAAAAGCUGCCGCUCAGGAGAAGGGCUCUGAUGUCCGUAUCGUCAUGGUGAGCUCCGAUGCACCAGCCUUUUCUCAUGGUGAGGAGUAUGUUCCAGACUUCUCUAGUGCCCACGGAGGAGACCUGAAAUAUCCAAGCGGCCAGGAGGAUGGUUUCUGGGGUUGUGUGAGGAGGUAUAGCGUGUCCAAACUGGCCUUAAAUUUGCAGGCUUCAGAGCUACAGGCUCGGUACGACAAAGAGGGCGUACCUAUAAUGGUAAUUUCUGUAUGUCCUGGAACAGUAUGGACGCCUGGUACCAGACGUGCCGUGCCGUGGUAUCUCUAUGGAAUUUGGUAUUUCAAGAGCUACAGUGAGAUUAUGGGCCCGAAGCCGGUACUUUUUGCGGGCGUCUCUCGUGAGGUUCGGACAGCAGAGAGAUACUACAAGGGACAAUUCAUUAAUAGAAGCCAUAUGGUUAUCAGGGGCCACCCAGCUGCUCAUAACCCUAAGAUAGGGAAGGAUUUGUGGACGGCGACAGAACAAGUUGUUGCUGAAUUUAAGGAAAACUCACGAUAG